UGUCCGGGUCCCGCCCCGGCCCCGCCCAGCCCGGAGCCUCUCCGGACGCUGGGAGGGGUAGGGCGGUUCCGCCCGGAGUGCCCGCGGCACCGCGCUCCUGCAAGCUCCCGGCCGGCCCCUGCAGGUGCCAUGACUCAGCAACCGCAGGAGGGCUUCGCCAGGAGCAUGGGGGAUGCCCAGGAGUGGAUGAAGGCUGUGCAGGAGCGGCUGCAGAUCAAUGACAACACCCAGGGGCCCCGCGCAGCCCUGGAGGCCAGGCUGCGGGAGACCGAGAAAAUAUGCCAGCUAGAGCCAGAGGGCCGCGUGAAGGUGGACAUGGUGCUGCGGGCGGCCGAAGCCCUCCUGGCAUGCUGCCAUGAGGACCAGAAGCCCGAGAUCCUGGCCCGGCUGAGGGACGUCAAAGCGCAGUGGGAGGAGACGGUCACCUACAUGACCCACUGUCACAGCCGUAUUGAGUGGGUGUGGCUGCACUGGAGCGAGUACCUGCUGGCCCGGGAUGAGUUCUACCGCUGGUUCCAGAAGAUGACGGUGGUGCUCGAGCCCCCCGUGGAGCUGCAGCUGGGCCUGAAGGAGAAGCGCUGGCAGCUGAGCCACGCCCAGGUGCUGCUUCAGCACGUGGACAAUCAGGCCACGCUCCUGGACCGGCUGCUGGAGGAGGCGGCCUCCCUGUUCAACAGGAUCGGGGACCCCAGCGUGGACGAAGCCGCGCAGAAGAAGCUGAAAGCCGAGUACGACGCGGUGAAGACCAAAGCCCAGAACAGAGUGGACCUGCUGGAGCAGGUGGCCCAGGAGCAUGAACAUUUCCAGCUGAGCGUGGACGAGUUCCAGCUGUGGCUGAAGACGGUGGUAGAGCGGGUGCACGGCUGCAUGGGGCGCAAGUGCCGGCUGAGCACCAAGGACCGUCUCUUGGCGCUGCAGGACAUCGCCAGCGACUUUCCCAGGGGCGAGGAGUCUUUGCGGAGGCUGGAGGAGCAGGCCGGGGGCGUCAUCCAGAGCAGCUCCCCUCUGGGUGCAGAGAAGAUCACCAGAGAACUGGAGGAGAUGCGGAAUGUUCUGGAGAAGCUGCGUGCGCUCUGGGAGGGGGAGGAGGGGCGGCUGCGGGGCCUGCUCUGGUCCAGGGAAGCCUACGAGCAGCAGAGGAGGCAGCUGGAGGCCGAGCUGGCAGAGUUCAGGAAGGGCCUUCAGAGGCUGGCGGAGGAGGACCUGGAACCCGCGGCCAAAGCAGGGACCCAGGACGAGCUGGUGGCCCGCUGGAGACGCUACUCGGCCACGCAGGCGGCGCUGGCCGCGGAGGAGCCUCGGGUGGACCGUCUGCAGGCCCGGCUGAAGGAGCUCAUCGUGUUCCCCGAGGACCCGCAGCCCCUCGCGGGCAGUGUGGUCUCUGCCAUCCAGGAGCACCAGAGCAUGAAAGCCAAGAGCAGCAGGCUACGUAAUGCCGCGGGCGUGGACCUGUGGCGGCAUUUCCAGCGGCCCCUGCAGGAGCUGCAGCUGUGGAGGGCUCUGGCCCAGAGGAUCGUGGACGUCACCACCAGCCUGCCGGACCCGCCCUCCAUCCACACCUUCCUGCCGCAGAUUGAGGCGGCCCUGGCGGAAAGCUCCCGCCUGAAGGAGGAGCUGACGAUGCUGCAGCUGAAGAAAGACCUGCUGGGCGGCAUCUUUGGCCAGGAGAGAGCCACGGCCCUGCUGGAGCAGGUGGCAACUUCCGUGAGGGACAGAGACUUACUGCACAACCGGCUUCUGCAGAGAAAGAGCAAACUGCAGAGCUCACUCGCUCAACACAAAGAUUUCGGAGAUGCUUUUGAUCCCCUGCAGAGAAGGCUCUCAGACCUCCAAAUCAGGGUCCGUGCUGAGAAUGGGCUUCAGCGGGACCUUCCUGGGAAACAGGCCCAGCUUUCGAGGUUGCAGGGGCUACAGGAGGAGGGGCUGGACCUGGGGGUGCAGAUGGAGGCCAUGAGGCCUCUCAUCCAGGGGAACUCCCACCACCAGCACAGAAUGGACCAGCUCUCCUCUGACCACCAGACCCUGCACAGGUCUCUGGAGGACCUUGUGGACACGUGCCGGCAGAGCGUGCGGGAACAUUGCACCUUCAGCCACGAGGUUUUGGAGCUGCGACAGUGGAUCUCCAUGCUCACGCAGAAGCUGGAGGCCCACCGCGUGGACACGGGCCCAUGGGAUGCCCAGUCCCGAGAGGUCGAUGUCGAGAAGCUGCUGGACGAAUUCCCCGCGAAGGAGGCCCAGCUGCCCCUGAUUGAAGCACGCGGCCGGCUGGUGAUGGAGAAGUCUUCUCCGGAGGGGGCUGCUGUGGUCCAGAAGGAGCUUCAGGAGUUGGUGGAGUCUUGGGGGGCCCUGAGGCUGCUGAGGGGAAGCCUGCUGAGCCUCAUCAAAAACCGGCAGCUGCAGAGGAUGGAAGUGGAUUCGGGGAAGAAACUGAUUUUCACCAACAACAUCCCAAAGACUGGGUUUCUCAUCACCCCCAUGGAUCUUAUUUUCCGACACCACCGUCAGACAAAUGUGCUUCAGGAGGAGGAAGACAGCUGUGAAGAUUUCUCCCAGCUCCUGAGGAGCUUUGAGCACUGGUUGCAGGUGGAUAAUUCCAAGUUGGUUAGAAUCAUCGCCAUGAGAACUGCCACCACCAAGGACCUGAGGACCAGAGAAACAAAACUGCAGGAGCUGGAGGCUCGGGUACCAGAAGGUCAGCAUCUCUUUGAAAACCUCCUUCGUCUCAGGCCAGCGAGGGGGUCCUCAGAUAAGCUGGAGGAUCUGCGCUACCGGUGGAUGCUCUACAAGUCCAAACUAAAGGACUCCGGCCACCUGCGUACGCAGAAUUCUCCAGGGGAGCCGACUGGAUUCCAAAAGCUAUGCAUAGGAGACCAAGAAGGGAUUCCUCAGGCCUUUGAAAUCACAGUGUUAUAGACCAAGGAAGACCUUUAAACAGAGGGGAAACCGAAGACCCAAGAGGGUCCAGACCCCCAGCACGUGCUGCUGCCCCCUGCUCUCUGGAGCACACGGACCCGUCCUUUCCAGCACAAGCCCAGCCUCAGCACAGCUCUCAGCGCAGGGACCCUGGCGUCCCUGUAACUAGAAAGAGCUGGACAUCCACAGGGCGGGAAAACAGCGUCACUGAGAAGGGCUCUCAGCACUGACUCAGAAAGCACACUUUUCUCCAGAUAUUUAGAAACCAAGCCACAAAGCCGUUCUCCACAGGCGAUCGCUUUACUGGAAAAUCAGGGGCUGUGUGAACCAAGACCUCAGGCCCAGGCAGCUGAGCCCAGAUGCCCACUGGGUUGCAUUGGUCCAGCCCAAGAAGGUCAGCGCUGUGGCCAGGGCCUUUGAACAUCUCCUCUCCCACUCUCCCACUUCACAGCGAGCAGGCAGCGGCCCAGAGAGGGGAAGCAACUUACCCACAGCCACACAGCAAGAGGUGGCCAAGGCCAGAGCUGAGCCUGGUCACCGCUACCCCCAGGCGGCGCCCUGCUCGCGGUCGCCCCAUCCCCCCCACCCCAUCCGUAACUUCAGAAAGAAAAAGCUCGAAGGAUGUGAACACCAUUGUGUCCUGCAUGUGGGCUCGGGGGAGAAGUGUAAUGUGUGGGCUGCUGGGUGGGAGUGUCUGCAUAUAUUUUUUAAACUUUGACAGUGAUGCCAUAGAGCUUGUUUGCAUAACUUUUUUUAAAAAAGAGAAUUGAUAUUUUCAUUACUUUCAUAUAAAUGCGGGGCCAAUAUGAUAUAACCAUCA